AUCAUAUCCACUUUACUGAACUUUGAUACUUUGAAAAUUGAAGAAUCCUGGAACAAAAUCACCUGAAGUCUGAACAUCUGAAAAGUUUCUUUACUGUAUUAUAUUCAUACCUGAUCUCCAUUAGUUGUGCAUCUGAGGAUUGAGACUAAAUCAGGAUGUUGAGCAUUGCAGCUCUUAUUCUCAUUGUCACCAGUAAUGUUGUCCUAGGACAGGAUGACAGACACCCUGAUGUAGGACAGAUAUAUCCAUUGGAUAUGGCGCCAGAUUCAGUUGAUGACAUGUAUAAAGGCUGUACAGAGAAGAUGGAAAAACUAGUAAAGACAACAUUUCUAAAGCAAGAAAUCUGUAAUAACACAGCUCAAUUUGGAGCAGCUUGGAUAAACAAUACAGGACAAUUUCCUGAAUCAAAAAAAUUGAAAAUGCACCAUUUAAUUGCCAUUUCUGUGUACACUGGUGAUGAAAUACCCAUAUAUAAGGAAUUCAAUCCGAGUGUAAGGAGCGGUAUACAAAAAUACCAAAACAGAACAUACAAAUGGUAUUCACUUCAGUUUUUGUUGACAGAAGCGAUAAAGAUUCUUAAGGAAACAAAACCGGGAUGCAUGAUAACUUAUCGUGGUACCAACCAUAUAUAUAAUGAAGAUGUUCUGAACACAGAGAUUCGUUUUGGCUCCUUUGCCUCCUCCUCUAUUAAUAAGAGUGUAGCAAUGGAAUUUGGAACUCAAUCUUGUUUUAAAAUCAAAACUUGUUAUGGUGCUAAUGUGACAAAAUAUUCUGAUUAUCCUGGUGAGACAGAGGUGCUGAUUCCCCCGUAUGAGAAAUUUAGGGUCAUUAAAAUCAAGAAAAGAGGUCAGAAAGGUGCCUGGUGUAACACUGUGUUUAAACUGGAGAGCUCAGGGACACAAAGUAACUUAAACUGUAAAAUAGCAUCAGUCAAGCCCAAUAAAUAUCACAAUAUGGUAAAUAUCAAAUAUCUAAAUUAUCUCUGA